CCGUUUCCAGUGGCCGCGGCUGUCAGCUGCCCAGAAGCCUGGGCGAGUGAGGACCUACAAAGUUUGUCCGCUCCGGGGCGCCAUACCAGCUCGGUUCCCGGCCGGCCGGGCUGGUCCGGGCUUAGCGCAGGAGACCCCGAUGGCCGCAGUGUUCCUGGUUACGCUCUACGAAUACUCGCCGCUCUUCUACAUCGCGGUGGUCUUCACCUGCUUCAUCGUCACCACCGGCCUGGUAUUAGGAUGGUUUGGCUGGGAUGUUCCAGUAAUUCUGAGAAACUCAGAAGAAACCCAGUUCAGCACAAGAGCUUUCAAGAAACAAAUGAGACAAGUGAAAAAUCCGUUCGGCUUAGAGAUCACUAACUCAUCCGCAGCUUCUCUAGCAACAGGUGUAACCUUGACGACAGACUGCCUGGAAGACAGUCGUCUUACGUGCUACUGGGGGUGCAGUGUUCAAAAGCUCUAUGAAGCUCUUCAGAAGCACGUUUACUGCUUCAGGAUAAGCACUCCGCAAGCCUUGGAAGAGGCGCUGUACAGUGACUAUCUCCACCGAGAACAGUAUUUUAUUAAAAAGCACAGCAAAGAAGAAAUAUAUUGCCAAUUACCAAGCGGUACUGGGGUUGAAGACUUUGGUCCAGUGCCCAGAUCUCGCUAUCCAUUGGUAGCUCUGUUGACCCUCGCUGAUGAGGAUGACAGGGAAAUUUAUGACAUUAUUUCCAUGGUGUCUGUCAUUCAUAUUCCUGAUAAGACUUACAAACUUCCCUGCAGAAUAUUGUAUCAAUAUUUAAUCCUGGCUCAAGGUCAAUUUUAUGAUCUUAAGCAACUUUUCAUGUCUGCAAAUAAUAGUGCUACUCCCUCCAGCGACCAGUCUCCCGCAGACAGGAGUGUGGAGCAGAGCUUGUUGGAGAAGGCGGGGCUGGCUGGGGCUGAAGUGGACCCGGUGGAGGAGAGCAGCAAAGACUGUGUGGUGUGCCAGAACGGGGGUGUGAACUGGGUGCUCUUGCCUUGCCGGCACGCCUGCCUGUGCGACAGCUGUGUGUGCUACUUCAAGCAGUGUCCCAUGUGCCGCCAGUUUGUGCAGGAAUCCUUUGCACUGUGUGGUCAGAAAGAGGCAGACAAGGACAUACUAGAAACUUCCUGAAGACUUGCAGCCGGAGAGCGUACUUUCUACACAAGGCAGAACCUCGUGUCCUGAGUCAAUCCUAACAGAGUCUGCAGUCUUACCCGUCGGAGAGAGCUCUAUGUGCACUUCAUACUUGUACAGUACAUGGAUGACGGGAAUAAAGUCUUCCUGCUCAGUGUGGAA